AUGGGUGCACCUGAAUACCGUGUAUUCCAGCUACCCAAACAGCUGCCGCUUGCUCUCAUCCAGUCAUGGGAGGCUGAACUUCAAGAUCCUCAUCAUUGUUACUUGGUCCUUGUCGCUCCAAAUUUCGACACUGGCGCAAUCUCUCUUGAGGAAGGACAAUGGGUUGGGGUGGUCUUUUGCCAGGGACCUCUUUCCCCUCAAGCGUACAACAUUUUCGAUUCUGAGAAUUUAUUGGCUGGGAUGACCGGUCGCCAGACACAUUGGAUCGGCAGUGUUAGAAUGUAUGCGUUUCUGAGUGAUAGCGCGUGGCGAACAGUUGCGGUGGUCGGAGAACUCCGUCUUCCGCUGACAGGCAGAAGGCUCUAUUUGAAGGAAUCCCACCCCUCUGCGCGGGCGUUUCUCCUGCUGAAUCAGACUUCGAUAGACCUUGUCAAGCGAGAGACCUCAGCAGUCCUGAUUCCGAACAGGCAUGAUGAACUCACAACCACGUUGCAUGCCCGAAUCCAAUUCGGGGCCUUCUACGGCACCCCUGCACAUGAGAAUCAUACAAGCAGCGGAGCGCGCCCCAUCAUGGAGGUACCACUCUCACAAAUCCUGUAUCAUAGCGGAUACCUGCAGGAUGUUCCUGAAGGUUUCCUAGAGAAGGAUGAUUUUUUUAAGCCUGUCGGGACUCUGUUUGAGUACGUCCACGAGUUUACUGCGAAAUAA